AUGGCCCGCUGCGCCCCGACGACCAUCCCCACUGCCCUCACGCCCUGCUCGCUCGAGUUCUGCCCCGCCCACCCGCGCCUCGCCGUCUGCGGCUUCUACCAGACCCAUCAGCCCCCGCCGGCCGCCGCCGAGGACGACGCCCCGCCGGUCGAGCGCAUCGGGAGCACGCUCUUGUUCGAGGCUGCCCUCGACAGCAGCCUCGCCCAGAUCAGCUAUCGCCCGCUCCAGUCGUUCGACUGUCCCGCCGUCCUCGACGCCCGAUGGACCCAAGACCCCCACCAGCCGCUCCUGAUCUCCGCAGACGCACAAGCCGGCUUGAAUGUCUACACACUCCUCGACCCCCUGGGCCCCGCUCCCCGCCUCGACCGCCUCCACACCUUCGCUUGCUCGCCCCGGGAGGAAGGCGUGCUCUGUCUAUCGCUCGACAUCUCGGACAAGCGGAACAAAUCGUCGUCGCCCAGCAUCGUCUGCUCGCUCUCCAACGGCCAGGUCGUCCUUCUCGCCCAGCCCUCGCAGGGCCCGGCCGCCCUCGUCGAGACCCAGCGGUGGAACGCCCACCUCUACGAGCCCUGGACCUGCGCAUUCGACUAUUGGCAACCCCACUCUGUCUUCACCGGCGGCGACGACUGUAAACUGAAGCUCUGGGACACACGCAACACGCUCGACCAACCCGUGCUCGUCAACUCAAAAUUCGACGGCGGCGUGACGGCGAUCCGGAGCCACCAUCUGCGGGAGCACAUGGUCGCCGUUGGCAGCUACGACGCGCGGCUGCGGAUCUUCGACCAGCGGAAGAUGACGGCUGCGGUCCAGGAGGAAGCGUGUGGGGGCGGGAUAUGGCGGAUCAAGUGGGCGGAGACGGACGCCAGCCGGGUGCUGCUGGCGGCGAUGCACGCCGGCUUCCGGGUGCUCGAGAUCGCCGAGCUGCCCCGAGGAGCCCCCGGCCCAUCCCUCCCGGCGCCCGUCGUCUCCCAGCUCACCCAUCGCGCUGGGCUCGCGUACGGCGCCGAUUGGGGGCCCUCCUGCCCCGCCCCAUCCGCAGGCUCGCCCCAUCGGUCCGUCGUCGCCGGAUGCUCGUUCUAUGACCGUGCGCUCCAUCUCUGGGUAGUCGAUUAA